UCAAUCCAAAGAGGAUAAGAGCUUGCUUUGAGCCUGUUUCGAUAUCGACGAGAAACGAGGAGUGGAAGGAGAAGGAGAAGCGCAACAAGUAAAUUCGGCUUCUAAAAAGUUAAGGAUGAAGGGAAUCAGGGAUUGGAUUUCAUCUCAAUUAGCAUUGAAGUCGUUGCUUUCGUCAAGACCCCUGUCGGGUAAUGGGAGCUUCUUUGAUGAUGAAACUCCGAGCGAGGAGCUUGACGAUCGAGGUUCAAAUCCAACAUCUGGUUUGUCAGCACCACUAGUUUCUACUUGUGUUUCUGCUCACUCCAAUUGUAAUCAAGAAAAUCAGCUUCUUACUUCCACUUCACACAAUUCAGUUGAGGAUUUUCAUGUAACAUAUAACACCAAUGAGAAGUUGGACCAGUUGGCUAAGAUUGAUGCACUACAAAUCAAAUUCCUACGUGUUGUUUGCAGGAUUGGGCAGUCACUGGAUAGUAUGUUGGUUGCACAGGUGUUAUACCGAUUGCAUGUAGCAACUCUCAUACGAUCAGGGGAAUCAGACUUAAAAAGAGCCAUAAUUAAGAGUGACCGAGCUAGAGCAAUAGCAGAAAAGCUAGAGUCAACUGGCCAACCUGAUUUGGAAUUUUCCUGUCGGAUUCUUCUUCUGGGGAAAACAGGUGUUGGCAAGAGUGCAACUAUAAAUUCCAUCUUUGGCCAAACAAUGGCUGUAACAGAUGCAUUUCAACCUGCCACUGAUCACAUUGAGGAGAUAGUUGGGACCAUCAAUGGUAUUAAAAUAACUAUUAUUGAUACACCAGGUUUCUUGCCUUCUACAAGUAAUCUGCGCAAGAACAGGAAGAUCAUGCGAUCAGUGAAGAGGUUCAUAAGAAGAUCCCCACCAGACAUUGUCUUAUAUUUUGAACGCCUUGACCUCAUCAACAUGGGCUAUAAUGAUUUCCCUCUCUUGAAGCUUAUAACUGAGGUUUUUGGUUCUGAAAUUUGGUUUAAUACCAUUCUUGUUAUGACUCAUGCUUCUUCAAUUCUUCCAGAAGGACCUAGUGGUUAUCCACUCAACUAUGACUCAUUUGUGAAUCAGUGCACGAAUCUGGUACAACACCAUAUACACCAGGCUAUUUCUGAUUCAAGACUAGAAAAUCCCGUCCUUUUGGUGGAGAACCACCCUCAGUGUAAAAUGAAUAUCACAGGGGAGAAAGUCCUUCCAAAUGGACAAGUUUGGAGGUCUCAGUUCUUGCUGUUAUGCAUAUGCACUAAAGUGCUGGGAGAUGCCAACAACCUUCUGAAAUUUCAGGAUGACAUUGAAAUUGGUCCAAUGCGUACUACUCGGUUGCCAUCUCUGCCCCAUCUCCUUUCUUCUUUUCUUCAGUUCGGUUCUGAUUUGAGAAUGAGUGGGAUGGACAGCGAGGUGGAUGAGAUUUCAGACACAGAGGGUGAAGAUGAGUAUGAUCAGUUACCUCCUAUUCGCAUCCUGACAAAGUCCCAGUUUGAAUCAUUAACAAAAUCUCAGAAGAAGGACUAUCUUGAUGAACUGGACUACCGGGAGACUCUUUAUCUGAAGAAGCAAUUGAAAGCUGAGAUUAAGAGAAAGAGAGAAGUUAUUCUUUCAAAAGAUGAUAAUGACUUUGAAAAUCAAGAAGCAUCUCCAGAGGCUGUUCCUUUGCCAGAUAUUACAGUCCCACCAAGUUUUGAUUCUGAUUGCCCUGUGCAUAGGUACCGUUCCCUUGUGGCUAGUGACCGUUGGGUUGUCAGACCUGUUAUGGAUCCCCAAGGUUGGGAUCAUGAUGUGGGGUUUGAUGGCAUUAAUCUAGAGACAGAUGUAGAAAUAAGAAGAAACCUCCAUGCUUCUGUUGUAGGACAGAUGAGCUGGGAUAAGCGUGAUUUUGGCAUUCUGACUGAAUGUUCUGCGAGUUACAUAGAGCCACAGGGCCCUAUUGUUUGUGCAGGACUUGAUGUUCAGACUAGAGGUAGGGAUUUAGUUUGUACAUUACAUGGAGACACAAAGCUGAGUAAUUUGAAGCACAAUAUGACAGGAUGUGGGGUAUCUGUAACUUCUACAGGGAAAAACUAUUUUGUUGGUGCCAAGAUAGAAGACACCAUUUCAAUUGGGAAGAGGGUGAAACUUUUGUUGAACAUUGGUCGCAUGGGAGGUCUUGGUCAGGUGGCUUAUGGGGGUAGCUUCCAAACAACUUUAAGAGGGAAAGAUUACCCAGUGAGGAAUGACAAGAUCAGCCUGACUAUGACAGUUCUCUCCUUGAAUAAGGAAACAGUCUUUGGGGGAAGUGUUCAGUCUGAUUUCCGCCCAGGCCGAUGUACAAGAAUGUCAGUCAAUGCAAAUUUAAACAGCCAGAAAAUGGGGCAGGUAUCUAUAAAGACAAGUAGCUCUGAGCACAUGGAGAUAGCUUUACUUGCGGUUGUAUCAAUUUUUAGAGCUUUGUCCAGAAAGCGAAUUUGUGAUGAUUUAAGUAGCAGUUAAAGGGAGAGUAGUAGGACAAUGGAUAUUCAUCUGCUUCCCUUGAAGUAUUUUUCUUUUUCCUGAUUCAGAGGCAGUUCUCAUGAUAACAAUGGCAUGCACCAUUAAAGAAUAAAUACUUGUUUUGGAAGACGCCUUUCUGGAAUGAGGGAUGGUUUUCUGGAGACUGGAAGACAAGGCAUUUUUUCAUCCUUUUUGGGUUUGGCAACCUGUGAUCAAACCAAAUGAUAUUUAUAUCAUGAUGUGGCAUUGGCACUUGCAAGUGAGCUGAAGGUUUAACAAAAAUGCAUGUAGCAUGUGGUAUGUGGUAACCAUUGUGGAAAACCGUUGGAAGGAGCUUUUAUAUCUUGAACAAUUUGAUGGAAGGUUAGAAAAUUUUGCAUCCAACUGGAAAGUUACUCAGCUGUGUUUCCUCGUUAUGACUAAUGGGCAGAGAUAUCAGCAGGGACUAGUCAUAGGGCCACAACUGAACCUUGUGAUCAACGUUCGUAAAGCAUGGAGGCUCUUCUACUAGUCACCUUGUUUGCCUGGGUGUUGGAAUAGUAAAGAACAUCUAUUUGGGUUUUAAACAACAAUGAUUUAACCCCCCCGGGACAGUAUAGGAAUGACAUAUUCAAAAGAUGCUUGUGCUCAAGUCAGCUACUUCUUAAGCUAGUUGUAAACUAGACACUGGAUGGAGCCACGGGCACAAUAGACUUAUUUGCAGACUGAAGCCUGUAUCACAAAUUGACUGCAAGUUGUUGGUAAGAUGGACUACCCCAUACAUUUCUUUUGGGUUGUGAUCAGUUGACCCAUGGAAUUGGAGUUCUUUUAUAUGGUGUUAAGGGGUGAUUAAGGGCUUGUUCAUUUCCUCUUAACUCUCAUCUCUUAAGAGAAACCUUUUAACUUUAAG